AUGAAAUUCUCAGCAUUUGUCACACCGAAGGUAUCUGCAAACACUGUUCUCGACUGGCGGGAUUAUACAGUAUUCGCUUGCUUAGAAGGAACAAUGUCAGCGGAGUGUUCAACAUCGUCCAGUUUGAAAGAAUCGCCAUUGCACACAAAAAUAAGCCGAUAUCUGUUUUACUUCAUCUGGAUGUUAGUCGACACACUGUUUUUUGUUCUGGGGACUGUGUGCAUGAUUUUAGUCGUGAGCAAUUCGGAGACAAUUACUGAUUAUUUUGCCGGUCAUCAUAACACGCCGACUAUUUUAAUAGCUAUAGGAAUAGCGGCAACUAUAAUUCUUGUAUUAUUCAGGGGAUUCAAAUAUGAAAAUGUGGUUGACCAUCUUCUGAUCGUAAUAGGUUACCUACUGAUCUCAUUUGGCUUCGCUGGCGCCUUUCUAAGGAAGCACACCUUACAUGACAGCUUACAUGAUAGUAUUUUCUCUGUGUAUGAGUCUUUGCGCAAUACUAUUCAUUUUCAUGACGAUAAAUCGAAUGCGAUUAUAAAGAUUCUUCGUGAAACACAUCACAGUAUGAUCCUUUCCAGAGCAUCCUCUACACAUACUGCGCAUAAAAGUCAGACAAAGCAAAGGGGUUCCGCCAGCUUUUUUGUUUGGUUCCUCGUAGAUUUGAUUAUCAUGAUACUUGUGACAGUCGGUGCCGUCAUCUUGAUUAAUAAAGAUGCAAUAUUCAGGUUCUUCGAAAGACAUGGCUAUAUGCAAUACAUUCUUUUAUCAAUUACUGGCGUCCUACUGAUGCUAAUAAUAUUCGUGAGAAAAAUUCGGUCGUACUAUCUUGCUACUCGUAUAGUGCUUGAAAUUGUGGUUUUACUCUGCAAUGGUUUAAAAAAUGAGAUAAGCUGCUUUGCGAUGGUUGUUUUGACCGUGCUAUUUUUAAUCAUUAUCAUGUUCACUUGUUCUGACAUAGUGCGCAAUGAUAGUAAAUGGAUUCAAAUCCUUUUGAUACUUGUGAUAUUGGCUAAAAAUUAA